GGGAACUGGGCGGGAGGCAGACCGUGGCGUGGCGGCGGGCGGGCCCUUGAGUGGGAAGGGACGUCGGGCGUGCAGGCCUAAAGAAAGUGAACCAAAAAGAGAGAAAGAUACAGAGUAGAAUGUCAGGCAACAAAGAAAGGAAGAGUCAAGGAGUUCCUGAAGAAGCUCUGGCUAACCAAGGCACAUCUUCAUUAACUGAUGCUGUAGAGCAAGUUGCAAAGCAACAACAAUCACAAACAUCAGAAAUAGAAAAAAACAAAAAAGUUCUGUUCCAUUUGCAGAAUGAACUCCAUGAGCUUGAAAAACAAAUAGCAUCUGUCUCUGCAGAAACUAAAGAAAUAGAAAGGCAAAUUUGUCAGCAAGAUGCUGCCAUAGAAAAUGCCAAACUUCAGUGUGGGAACCUGGAAACUCAAAUCAAAUCCUUACAUACAGAAAAUGUAAAGCUUAAAUUUGACAUAGAAGCAGCCCAAGAAGACUUUGAGGAACACAUGAUAAGAUAUAAUGAAUACUACGCAAAAAUAAAAGAGCAUAAAAUUGAUUUGGGGGCGGUAGAAAGCAAAUGGUCAUUCAUGACUGUACUUCAUGAAAAACGAGAUCUUGUUAAAAAGCUAAAGAAAAUGAAAGAGGAACUUAUGCAAAAUCUCCAAAAUCCAGGAGGAAAUCACAUAAAACAACUACAGGAAGACAUUACAGAGUUAAAGGAUAAAAUUGUAACUGUAAAAGAAUCUAUCACUGAAAAAACUUGUUUUCUUGAAGAAGAGAAAAAGACACAUGAAAAAUUAAGAAAAGAAAUAGAGGUACAACAUAAGAGAUAUGGUGCAAUUCUUAAGCGUUUGCAUUGUCAGGUGAACAAAAUUCAGUCAAAUAAAAGACAAUGGCAAUGGAACAUUCACCAACUGGAAAAAACUGCAGCUGAACUAAGAAAACGCAUUGGAAUGAAAGAUUAACAUGGGCAAAGGACAAUGUAGAACACAGACUAUGUCAACAAAAAUGAUAGGACAAAAGGUUGGGAAAAUUCUUUGGAUUCUUAACCAGCAUCUACUAAGAGAGGUCUGUCUUAAGAACACAUAUAAUAUAUUCUCUUUCUCUCUCUUUUUUGAAUCAGUUAAUCUCUUUGCUAUAGUGCCUUCCAAACCUGCAAUUGAUAACAGUAGAUAGACAAUAGGAAUGCUGACAGAAGUCUGGUAGAAGACUCUGUAUAAAUAUUUUCAGUAUGUAAGAUAUAAUUAUACUCAUGAAUGCCUGUUUAUAAACAUGUUGCCUUCA